AUGAAACAAAAGCUGGACGAAGAAGGCAGCAAGUGUAGCAUCCUGUCCAAGCACCGGCAGUUCACAGAGCACUGUUGCAUGCGCUGCUGUGCCCCUUUCACCUUCCUCCUCAACACCAAGAGACAGUGCUGUGACUGCAAGUACAACAUUUGCAAAAGCUGCAGUUCCUACCAGAAAAAGGAGAGAGUGUGGCUCUGCUGUGUCUGUCAGCAAACCAGGUAA